AUGGCUCCAGAAAUGUUUGGUAUUGACCCCUUUGGAAUUUUGCCGGAGAGUCGUCUUGCAUCAGGGCUAGCUGGCUGGGCUCUUGGUCCUUGCGGUGCUAGAUCAACAAACAAUGAGGACUUUGUAUGCUCAGUCCCAAAUAGCCCUCCCGGUCGAGAUUUGACUGUCUUUGUUGAACCAAAGAGCUUGCUAGCCGCUUUAGAGGAGUUGCCUGACUAA